CUCCUUCGCCCUCCCAGCGCCUAGGAACCUGCAGCCCCGGAGCAGUGGCCGCGUCGCGCAGGACCCCAACGGCCCCUCCUGAUCUUAGGCUGCUCCCGCCAUGUCCUACCCGCAGUUCGGAUACCCUUACUCCUCGGCCCCCCAGUUCCUGAUGACCACCAACUCCCUGAGCACGUGCUGUGAGUCCGGUGGCCGCACACUGGCGGAUUCCGGGCCUGCUGCCUCCGCCCAGGCGCCAGUCUACUGCCCGGUCUAUGAGAGCCGGCUGCUGGCCACUGCUCGCCACGAACUCAAUUCUGCUGCUGCGCUCGGCGUCUAUGGAGGCCCCUACGGAAGUUCGCAAGGUUACGGCAACUACGUGACCUACGGCUCUGAGGCGUCUGCCUUCUAUUCUCUGAACAGCUUCGAGUCCAAGGAAGGGACAGGAUCCUCACAUGGGGGCCUAGCACCUGCUGCAGCUGCAGCCUACUACCCUUAUGAACCGGCUCUGGGCCAGUAUCCAUAUGACAGGUACGGGACCAUGGACAGCGGCACGCGGCGCAAGAAUGCCACCAGGGAGACCACCAGCACACUGAAGGCCUGGCUGCAGGAGCACCGCAAGAACCCGUACCCCACCAAGGGCGAGAAGAUCAUGCUGGCCAUCAUCACCAAGAUGACCCUCACGCAGGUCUCCACCUGGUUCGCCAACGCGCGCCGGCGCCUCAAGAAGGAGAACAAGAUGACGUGGCCGCCAAGGAACAAGUGCUCGGACGAGAAACGGCCCUACGGGGAGGGUGAGGAGGAGGAAGCUGGUGAGGAGGAGGCGCAGGAGGAGCCUCUCAAGAAUGCCAAGAGCAAAGAUCCUAUUGGCAAAGACAAGGAGCUAGAACUCAGUGACCUGGAAGACUUUGACCCUCUGGAUGCCGAGACCCCUGAGUGUGAGCUGAAGACACCCUUCCAGCCCCUGGAGAGUGGCCCAGAGCGUGUCCCUGCCUCAUCUGAUGGGCUUGACCCAGGCAAGGAGGCCUCUGCCACACUACGGAUGCCCUUGUCAGCCACUGGUGGAGCUGUACUGGAGGAGGACCUAGAGAGGGCCCGCAGCUGCCUCCAGAGCACAGUGGGAGUACCAGAGUCUGGCCCCGAGGGCGGCCCUCAGGCCUGCGAAGCCAAACUGAGCUUUGCACCUGCAGGGGCACCACCGAGUCUUGAGGUGAAGCCACGCAUCUGGUCCCUGGCACACACAGCCACUGCUGCUGCAGCCACCGCCCUGAAUCAGACUGAGUUUCCAUCCUGCAUGCUGAAACGCCAAGGUCCCGCGGGUACAUCUGUGGCACAGACCACGUCCACGCCUGCGAUCCCGACCCCUUCUGGGGCCCUGGAUAGGCACCAGGACUCCCCAGUAACUAGUCUCAGAAACUGGGUGGACGGGGUCUUCCACGACCCCAUCCUUAGGCACAGCACUUUGAACCAGGCCUGGGCCACUGCCAAGGGCGCGCUACUGGAUCCAGGCCCUCUAGGACGCUCUCUGGGCGCAGGCACCAAUGUGCUGACAGCGCCCCUGACACGCUCCUUCCCGCCCACUGUGCCCCAAGAUGCCUCUGCCACAGGGGCUGCUCGGGAGCUGCUGGCUAUGCCCAAGGCAGGCAGCAAACCCUUCUGCGCCUAA